CCUACUGGGCUGGUUUUAAUGCCUAUAUACAACUUACUUUUAAGUUUUUACGUUUUAUAGUUAAAAAUAGCUGAACUUUUAACCGAAAAUAUGAGUUUCGGGGCUGGGAGACACGGCAAGUCUCCAAAUCUUAAACCCGUUCGCCAGAAGCUGCAGUUUUCGACUAGUGACGGGGAAGAGGACAGCAUUGAAGACGCAAACAACAGCACUGGGGCCGAAUCGGGUUUCACGGAGCUGGACUCUCCAGUACCUUUGCGGCGCAGCCUAGAAAAGAGGCCGGAGGACUUGGGCAACAGUAGCCCGCUAAGCCGAAACCGAGACGACGACGAGUCCUGGGAUGAAGAGGGGUUCGGCUCGCCGUCUCGGGUGAAACCAGCUUUUUACAUGAAAAGCUCUCCAUCGCCACGGAAAAGUCCUCCGGCGUACGAUAGUUCACCCGAGAGGAGUUACAUUCACGAUGACAUGGAAGGCUCCAGCUCGCCUAUCCCGGACUGUCCCGAUACACCACCCCACAAAACCUUCAGAAAACUCCGUCUUUUUGAUACCCCCCACACCCCAAAGAGCUUAUUGUCGAGGGCCAGGACGAUGGGCUCGACGAGCCGGAGAGUCGCCCUCUUUACGAAUGUUGAUUCAACGAGUAAAGCCUGUCUGGACGGUAAACGAAACCAGACACCCAGAGUAAACAUCAACCCCUUCACCCCGGACUCUAUACUGGUGCAGUCAUCGACACUACAGAGAAACAACAGGAAACGAUCACACUGGAAUGAUUCAUGUGGGGAAGACAUGGAUGCAAGUGAUGCCGAGAUUGAAGAUGAGCUGAUUCCACCUUCGAAGAGGAUUACAAUGAUGGAGAAUAACAUGAUGUCCAGAUAUGCAUCUGAAUUCCACGAGUUGGAGAAGAUUGGCUCUGGACAGUUUGGUUCUGUUUUUAAAUGCGUCAAGAGGUUGGACGGCUGUAUUUACGCCAUCAAACGUUCCAAAAAGCCUCUGGCAGGCUCUGUGGAUGAGCAAAAUGCACUUCGUGAGGUAUAUGCACAUGCUGUACUUGGACAGCACCCCCACGUUGUGAGGUAUUAUUCUGCCUGGGCAGAAGACGACCACAUGCUAAUCCAGAAUGAGUACUGCAAUGGUGGAACCCUGUCUGAUGUCAUUGCUGAGAACAACAGGCGCAUGCACUUCCUGUCUGAGUUGGAGCUGAAGGAUCUGCUGCUGCAAGUUUCUCGGGGACUCAAAUACAUUCACUCGACAGCCCUUGUUCACAUGGAUAUCAAGCCAAGCAAUAUAUUCAUUUCACGCAAACCUGCUGCUAGUGUAGAAGAAUUUGAAGAUGAAGAAGAUGGCCCCACCACAAAUGUGGUGUACAAAAUAGGUGAUUUAGGCCAUGUUACAACGGUUACCAAUCCACAAGUCGAAGAAGGUGACAGCAGGUUCCUUGCAAAUGAAGUUCUUCAAGAGGAUUACAGUAAUUUGAAAAAAGCAGAUAUAUUUGCUCUUGCUCUGACUGUAGUCAGUGCGUCUGGAGCAGAGCCUCUUCCUACCAAUGGAGACAAGUGGCACAAAAUCCGACAGGGCAUUCUGCCCCAUAUCCCUCAAGUGCUUUCUCAGGAAUUUUUAAGCUUGCUGAAGCUUAUGAUUCAUCCUGACCCAACACGACGACCCUCGACCUCAGAACUUGUCAGGCAUCCUGUUCUUCUGACUGCAUCCAGAAUGAGUGCUGACCAGCUGCGUGUAGAGCUUAAUGCAGAGAAAUUCAAGAACGCACUUUUGCAGAAGGAGCUGAAGAAAGCUCAGAUGGCGAAGGCUGCAGCGGAGGAGAGGGUUCUAACCACAGACCGUGUUCUUACACGUUCCACAAUCCAGUCCAGCUCCAGAGCUUCCCGACUCAUCGGAAAAAAGAUGAACCGCUCGGUUAGCCUCACCAUUUACUGAACUGAACUCCAGUCUAAGGAGAUGACCAAUCCUGAGUGGUAACUACAGUGGUGCUUAAGAAAGACCGGUGCUUCUGCACAGACUAUUUUGACUAGCCAGAAGGGUGAGACGGACUAUCCUGUGACUUAUAGUGCUUAUACUGUUUGGUACACGCACUGUGGUCUUUACUGAAGAUUGGGUUCUUCUGUGUUACAUUAACAGAAGCCCUUGAGCAUAUGAUGCAGAUCUGCCUUGCCGUUUAGGUUUGCCUUUAUAAAAUCUCUUGACAGAAUUGCCCUAAGAUGGACACAUUUUUAGUAUAGUUCUGUCCUCCUGAUCUUUGCUUUAAGUUCCAUAGGCAAUGGUCAGAAUGGUCUCCCUGCACUUGCUUUCUCAAAGGUGCAGUGUUGCUCUUUACCAAAUGAGAGAUGUGUGCCCCUGUUGAGCCCAUUUAUAUGUGAAUGUACCAGAUCAAAGAUUUGUGCACCUUACUGCCUGUGAAAAAAAGAAACGCCUGUUGGGCCACAGAAGCUGGGGCUUGAGUUGGAUUGCCAUUAAAUUGAGCACUUUGGAGGCAAUGGGGAGCUUGCCACAGAAAGCCUGCUGCUAUUCAUGUUCGUCUGUAUUCAGUUAGGGUUGGAAGAUUUUUAUUUUAAGAAUAACUUUAAAUCAUUUUAUCCAUCCAAGCAAGCGAGCAAUAUUUUGAGCUCAUUAUUCAAACAUGUUUGCUCCAGUGUCACUUUUGUUGCAGAUUACAUUCAUCGUUUUUUUCUUUUGAAUUAACCAUGUGGCAAAUGUAUGCUUAACUGAAAGCCAACGAUGAUUUAAAUGUACAUAUGCCAUUCACAUCUCCAACCCUGUUUGUAGCAUUAAAACAAUCUUUGUCCAGUUCAUCAAAUGUCUUUUAGUAAAUAAUGUCUUAUUUUCACUUUUGUCAUAUCAUCCUCAUUGCUAGGGUACUGUUUAGAUUAUUUGGUCUUGUUAACUCUUUGUUUGUAAAUAUGUUCAUUUUAAUAAACCCUUUACCCAUACUGGUCAA